AUGGACCCAGAAGAGUCCAAGGUCCUCAAUUUUCAGUAUGCCCAUUGGCCAGAAUUGCGCCUUUAUGAACAAGAAGAACAUCAAGCCCGAAGCGAGCGCUCACAUCUCAUCACUUCGACCUGUGAAGAAGGUCUUGCUUCAGUCACGCUAUGCCCUCCAGAACAUCACUCAGCAGAAGAAUCUUCAGCGGUUAACGACCCUGAUUACUUCCGCUACUACCACAUGUAUCGAUUCUUUAUGACCAUUCAGGGCUUUUUGCAAGGUGAUUUAGACUUGACCGGACGCCACCAGCAUAGAUUGGACCGACUCAAACCUCUCUGGAAGCAAUUUUUUGAAGAUUUUCACGCACUGAAAAAAUGCGCGCGUGUCUCUGUCAUUGAAUAUCAAGAUCAUGAUGGUCAAAUCGAACCCGGACUUUUCUACGACAUUGGUAAGGACGACUGGACCUCGUUCCGGCUUAAAUGGAGAAUUCCUCGCGUUAUUCACUUUGAUGAUCUGGUCGUGGAGGCAGAUUGUUUGAGUAAAUACUACUUGCUAUAUCAAGAUGGUCCGAAAAUCCAGAGGCUGUGUCUACUGGGCCUUCCGGUCGAAAUACUUGAUCAUAUCUGCUCUGUUAUGCUCCUCCGUGACGCACGACUAUUUUCCGCUUCCUGCAAACGACUCUAUACGAUAGGACGCCAGUAUAUCUUCCAGAAAUUGGUGCUUGGAGUCCGACGUCCAAGAUCUUCCGAAACUCGACGACUAUAUGCGUCAGACUCUGCCGAUAGCGUUGACCAUCCACUAAAGAUUUUACCAAGUUUGGCGCUCGAGGCACGGCAAGAUUUCAUUGAGGCAUGUCAAAACUUUCAAUCACAACCCUCAAAGGCAGGCUGGACAAGGAAGCUGUCGUUUCGAAAUAGUUGGCGGACGUUUACCCACAACACUGAUGGAAGUCUUUCGUCGGAUAUUCUUGAUCCCACAUCUUUCUAUUCUCCUAUCCUUCCAGCCCUUGUUCAGACACUAGGCGUCGUGAGAAAUCUUCAAAUCUUAGAACUAUCGGACUUGGAUCUCACCUCCGAAUGCUUUGUCGCGAUUUCUCAGCUGUCUUUCUUACGCAAUGUGAUCCUCAGUCGGUGCAUACAAACUGAGAAUUUGACGGAUGCGAUUAUUGGCGACGUCGUGCAGCUGCCAAGGAGUCCUCAAGUCAAACUCUUAGACCUCGGCCUGUAUUCCCUUGAACAUGAUCAAUCCGAGGAUGGGCUUACUUGGUUGAUUCUUCUCAUUUUCCCUACGUUGACAACACUUCACUGUGCCAAUCCUCCACAUGACCGUUUAAACACACCUCUCAUCCCUGUCGCUUUGUUCGAAAAUCUUCCGAGUUCUCUGGAACUGUUCACAACUAUUCAAACCCUCUUCCUCACUCACUUCCAUGAUAUACCGUUCUUUGCAGACAUGUUUCGGCUCAGUGGCGCCGUGUUCAACAGGUCUGGUUCUCCGCUACCGCUCACCCACCUUAAGAUCCAUAGUUGCUGGGGUCAAUCGGACGAGGUUUAUAUGGACCUUCUCGCUGCACUACAUUCAGGGUCUGCUCGUCUGAAGGCCCUCAUCCUCGAAGGUCUCCAAACUGCUGGUCUCGCCCUGUUCGACUGUAUAACGGAGUAUUUCCCUGACCUUGUUGCACUGGGGCUCGUCCGGAGAGAAAAUGCUCGGCAGCACACAUACAAGGCAUGCCCAUGGCCUCACCCUACAUGGGAGUAUGCACGAUAUUGUUCGAGGUUCAGAAAGCUCAAACAUUUCAGUUGGAAUUCGAGGUUCAAUGCCGACAUGCUUCCCGCCAUGCUACUUGUAUUUGAGAGGCAAGCAAAGCUUGCCGUCUUUCACUCUUCCACGGAGCUAGCCCAGAUCCUAGAGAUGGAUACAGAACUCCGUGCUUUGGAGGAAGAAGCGGAGUACGGUAAAUAUGACACUUAUGGGAUGAAUGUUGCCAGGCUGUUCAGUGUUCAUUGUCCGACACUAGAGACAUUUGGGGAUGGGUAUAGGACAUGGGGUGGCAUUUGCAUCUCAAAGGAUGAGAAAGGCAGGGCGCGAAUUGAAAGUGAGUUUCCACAGAGGUAUUGGUGGAAUCCAAGGGUAGAUACAAUGUAA